AGAGAGGCCAAUAUCAUCUUUGUCAUCAUCCUCUUCAGUCUGCAAAUCCACACCCUUCUUGUGAUCCCAUUAAAAUCCCUCUAAAAUCAGAGUCCCUUCUCUAAAAUCUUUGUUGGGUUCAACCCAAUUCUCUAUAUAAUCUCUGUUUCAGUUUCAUACAUAAUACUCAAUCUUUGAAGCAAUCUUUGAAAGCUCACCUCAUCCCUGUGCAAUCUUAGUGGUCAUCACAUUUGUGUCACAAAGAGGCAGUUAAAUACCCCCGUGUCACAAAGUCCAGUGCAUUUUGAAAAAAGUGUUCUCCUACUUUAGGUGGUGAAGUCUUUUUGGGAUUGAAUCUUGCCUUUGUUUCCAAUCAAAAGAUGGGCCUCUCACCGUAUUCGACUCCAUCCGACGGAGGAGUGCUAUGCAUUAUUCUAGUAAACACCGCCAUAUCCUUCUCCGUCGUCAAAGACAUACUCUUUUUCAUCCUCCACGCCAUGGGCAUCCGGAUCGCAGCAUUUGAAGAAUAUUCCGUCGAAAACCCUUCAGAUGUCUGUGAAUGCCGCGGAAGCCCCUCAGAGACCUACAUGGAAGAGUUCCGUAGGCAGACCCCUGCAGUUCGGUUCGAGUCCGUGUGCGAAGGCCUACUACUACCCGAACAAGAGUGCUCGGUUUGCCUGACAGAUUUUGAGCCCGAUGCAGAGAUAAAUCACCUUCCUUGUGGCCAUGUCUUCCAUAAAAUGUGCUUGGAAAAGUGGUUGAAGUACCGGAACGUAACGUGCCCACUUUGCAGGACUCGGAUGUUGCCCCAGGAAGAGGAGGAGGAAGAAGAAGAUACAGCUCCAAUGUGAGUAGUUCAGAAAUGAAUGAAUGCUCUUUGAGGAAGUUAAAAGUUAGUGUAUAGUGUAGUAGUAGUGUACAAAGAGUUUUACAUGAAUGCAUACAUUAGCUGGCUAGGAUUUGGACCAGUGUUUAUGAGCCAGUAUUGUGUGUGAUUGCUAUAGUGACUUCUGCCUCAGUGACCAAAAUUUGUUGUACAUAUUUUGUGAGGUUUAUGAUGUUCUAUGCAUCUUGAGCUUAGGCUUUAUGAAAAGAAUUCUCUUUGUUAAGUGCAUUUAAGCUGUGUUUGGUUCUUGAUUUUGUGGUUGUAUAAGAAAUAGAAAUGAAAAAAGAUUGGAAAAGAAAUAAAAUAUAGAGUUUUGUUUUU